AUGAUGGCAAACAAAGAUGAAAAAGUGGAACUUGCAAAAUUGGCUGAACAAGCAGAACGAUAUGUUGAUAUGGUAAAUGUUAUGAAAGAAGUGGUUCAAUCUAAGAAUGAAUUAACACUUGAAGAACGGAAUUUACUUUCGAUUGCAUACAAAAAUGUGAUUGGAAGUUAUCGUGAACCAUAUCGUAUCAUAUCAACUAUUGAAAUGCGAGUUCAAGAUAAUGAACAUGAAAAGGAAAUGGUGAAAAGAUAUCGAAAGAAGAUUGAAAAUGAAUUAAAAGAUGUUUGUUAUGAAAUUCUGGAUCUACUUGAUAAAUAUUUAUUUCCAAAUGUAACAUCAAAUGAUGAGAAAGUAUUUUAUUUGAAAAUGAAAGGUGAUUAUUAUCGAUAUUUAGCAGAAAUUGGUGUAGAAAAUGAAGGAAAAAAAUGGGCAGAAGAAUCCAAAAAUGCUUAUAAAGAUGGUUAUGAUUUGGCUCAAAAUGAAAUGAUUGUAACUCAUCCAAUUCGUCUUGGACUCGCUUUGAAUUUUUCUGUUUUUUAUUAUGAAAUUGCCAAUGAAUUUGAUGUUGCUUGUCGUUUAGCUAAAGAAGCAUUUGAUAAUGCUUUAUCUGAAUUAGAUUGUAUUAAUGACAAAAAUGUUUAUCGAGAUAGUUUGAUUAUUAUGCAAUUGUUACGUGAUAAUCUAAAAAUAUGGUCUGAAACCGAAAUGAAGAUGAACAAUGAAGAAGAAGAAGAAGAAUCAUAA